AUGCCGAAGAAUAAGGGAAAGGGAGGAAAAAAUCGCAGAAGGGGAAAGAAUGAAAAUGAUUUCAUGAAAAGAGAAUUGGAUCUGAAAGAAGAUGGCCAAGAAUACGGUCAAGUUUCAAAAAUGCUUGGAAAUGGGCGUGUGCAAGUUUUUUGUUUCGACGGAAAGCAGCGAGUCUGCCACAUUCGUGGAAAACUGCGUAAGAAGGUCUGGAUCAAUGUUGGAGACAUCAUUCUCAUCGGUCUUAGAGAAUUCCAAGAUGACAAGGGAGAUGUUAUUCUAAAGUACACCCCAGAUGAGGCUCGGCGGUUGAAGAACGAAGGAAUGAUUCCAGAAAAUGCGAAGCUCAAUGAAAAUGAUGAGCAAGAUGAAGGAGAGGUUGAAUUCUAAGAAGACUUGGCUGCUGGUCGUGGAUUCAAAGAUACUCGUGGUCAUCGCGGUGGAAAAGAUAAAUAUGGAAAACGGCGUUAG